AUGAACAUGGAGCAAUCUUUUGAUGACUUCUAUGACCAGAUAGUCCCAGACUGUCCACAGUUAUUCACAACACAAAGAAGUCCCAUCUAUACAGAAGAUGCAUAUGACCAACAGGAAGUGUGGUGGAGGAGGCCACAGGCUCCUAAAACACCAGACUACAGCUUUGAUAUCCGCUCUCACGACCAGAGCGGCCGCAACGAAGAGAGUGAGGACGUCCCCACGGACGGCAUCCCCACAGACAACGUCCCCACAGACAACGUCCCCACAGACAACGUCCCCACAGACAACGUCCCCACAGACGACGCCCCACACACCGGGCGCCCCAAAUAUUUACCUGAAAGAGACCCUUUUUAUGACCAGCCUGUGCUCCCGCUGCAGCCCACAGACUGGGGAUACAGUCAUAGGCCCAAACACAACAGUCCAGAGAAGACUCACACCAAGUCCACUGUAGACUCCUACAGUAUCAGCGACAUCACCGCCUCACCGCUGGAAAAGCCAUUGUCUGUAAUAACCCCAGAGUCAGUCGCUAAUGAAGCUCCAACAGAAGCUAAUAUCCCAGUCAAUACCACAGGCACAAGUCUCUGCUCAGAGGUAGUCCUGCAAACCCCGGAGAAGGUACGGACUCAAGAAAAGUGUUUUAGCAAGUCCCCCACCAACUCUAUGGAGCGUUUGACUGAAAAUAUUCUGAAGCAGAGAGAGACACUCAGCGUCAUGACCCAGGAGUCUAAACCUGUGUCUAAACCUGAGUCUGAACCUGAGUCUGAACCUGAGUCUGAACCUGAGUCUAAACCUGAGUCUGAACCUGAGUCUGAACCUGAGUCUAAACCUGAGUCUAAACCUGAGUCUGAACCUGAGUCUGAACCUGAGUCUAAACCUGAGUCUAAACCUGAGUCUGAACCUGAGUCUGAACCUGAGUCUAAACCUGAGUCUAAACCUGAGUCUGAACCUGAGUCUAAACCUGAGUCUAAACCUGAGUGUGAACCUGUGUCUAAACCUGAGUCUGAACCUGAGUGUGAACCUGUGUCUCAGCUCCAGUCUCAGCCGAAGUCUCAGCUCCAGUUUCAGCUCAAGGAUCAGUCAGAGAUUCAGAGUUUACUCUCCGACUCGAGUAGCCACCACUCAGAAUAUUCCUUUUCGGACGUCCCCAUGAUCUCUCCAAAGCAGUGGGAAUGGAUGGUGUUCAACACAUCAAAGAAAGCCUUGACUGAGGAACUUGAGAAGGAAAAAGGGAUUUUAGAGUCUCCAGAGACGGGGACGUCCACAGUGGAUGUCCAGGGUCUAGAACCUUCCAGAAAAAGUCCUGAAACUAAGAAAAGGAAAUCCAGGGUGAAAAAAGAGAGGACUCUAGGAUCAAUCCGUCCAAGGAGUCAAAUCAUGUUUCCUGAAAUUGGUCCGAAGACAAAAGUCAGGAACAUGGAGAGGAUGUACCAACAGUUACCUCCCAACUCGGGCUUUGAUAUUGAUGAGUCCAUCAGUCCAGAGUCGGACUCCCCUCCUCUCCUUGACUGGGAAUCAGUCCUUGGAAUCCGCCCUAAAUCUUGUAAAAAGAGGGAGGUUAAAAACUCAAAGUCAACUCUGAAAUCACCAGAAACAAACUCUUCAAGACUAAAUGAGGUCCGAGUGGAACCAGAGACCACAGAGAAAGAGCCCAUGAUCCUGAAACAACAGCAGGACAUAGAGACUUUGACCAGCUCGAAAAAGUCUGACUCUAAACCCAUAACCCUAACUGAGGUCCCAGUGAGACCAGACCUCGAGUUCUUGACUAGGAUGAAAAAGUCCAAAGAUACGUCUCUGACCCCCAUUGAAGAACCAGAGACCACAGAGAAAGAGCCCAUGGCCCUGAAACAACAGCAGAAAAUAGAGACUUUGACCAGGUCGAAAAAGUCUGAAAUCAAGCCGUCUAAAAAUAGGGAGGCAACCGCCUCAAAGUUAACUCUGAAAUCACCAGAAACAAACUCUUCAACACGUGUGAGAAAGAACAGAAAAAGGGAAGUUGAAUCUUUUUCAAAAAGUCGAUCCGAGGAGCAUCAAGAGAGCGUCUCUGCCCAGGGAUUCGAACCAACACACACUGUAGAAGAGUUGAGGAGCUCAGUCAGGUCCAUGAGUCAAACAAAAGCAUCAGAGGAGGCUCAGACACCAACUCCACAGAAUCUGAUUAUCACAAGUAAUUGUAUGACCAUAAAUAAUGUUGCAGGGACUGCCAACGCGUCCACUGAGAAAUGGGCUUCAAAAACAUUUGCUAAGACUCAGGAAAAGGACCCAAACUUCUCAACAUACUCUUUAAUCACGGAGAAGGACUUCAUAACCCCAGACCAAAGUCAGGACCUACUUAAACAGUCCAAAUCAGGGUCUACAAGACUGAUAAAUGUGGUCCCAGUGGAACCAAAGACCACAGAGAAAGAGCCCAUGGCCCUGAAACAAAAGCAGGACAAAGAGACUUUGACCAGCUCGAAAAAAUCAAAGUCUAAGCCCAUAAUCCUGAAUGAGGUACCAGUGAGACCAGAGACCACAGAGAAGGAUGUAGUGGCCCCGAAACAAAUUCAGUACCACGGGUUCUUAACCAGGAUGAAAAAGUCCAAAGAUACGUCUCUGACCCCCGUUGAGGAACCAGAGACCACAGACAAAGACCCCAUGGUCCUGAACUACAGUCAGGGCAUGGAGUCCUUCACCAGGUUGAGAAGGUCUGAAUCUACAUCUUUAACUCUGAUUGAGCUGAAACCAGAGAGCACAGAGAAAGAGGUGGUGGCCCUGAAACAAAGUCAGGACCUCAAGUCCUGCAUCAGCUUGAAAUCCUCCAAAUCAAAGUCACGAACCCUCAAUGAGACCAAGGAAGGGACAAAACAGGACCAAAAUGAACACAAGUCCCAGACCGGCAACCUCAGGGGCACAUUGCAAACCCCAAGUACAGAGCAAAGCACCUCUCAGAGUCUGGCAGAAGUCACUGCAGACGAGUGGGAAUGGAUGGUGUUCAACACAUCAAAGAAAGUCUUCACUGAGGAACUUGAGAAGGAAAAAGGGAUUUUAGAGUCUCCAGAGACGGGGACGUCCACAGUGGAUGUCCAGCGUCUAGAACCUUCCAGAAAAAGUCCUGAAACUAAGAAAAGGAAAUCCACGGUGAAAAAAGAGAGGACUCUAGGAUCAAUCCAUCCAAGGAGUCAAAUGAUGUUUCCUGAAAUUGGUCCGAAGACAAAAGUCAGGAACAUGGAGAGGAUGUACCAACAGUUACCUCCCAACUUGGGCUUUGAUAUUGAUGAGUCCAUCAGUCCAGAGUCGGACUCCCCUCCUCCCCUUGACUGGGAAUCAGUUCUUGGAAUCCGCCCUAAAUCUUGUAAAAAGAGGGAGGUUAAAAACUCAAAGUCAACUCUGAAAUCACCAGAAAAAAACUCUUUAAGACUAAAUGAGGUCCCAGAGGAACCAAAGACCACAGAGAAAGAGCCCAUGAUCCUGAAACAACAGCAGGACAUAGAGACUUUGACCAGCUCGAAAAAGUCUGACUCUAAACCCAUAACCCUGAAUGAGGUCCCAGUGAGACCAGACCUCGAGUUCUUGACUAGGAUGAAAAAGUCCAAACAUAUGUCUCUGACCCCCAUUGAAGAACCAGAGACCACAGAGAAAGAGCCCAUGGCCGUGAAACAACAGCAGGACAUAGAGAAUUUGACCAGGUCGAAAAAGUCUGAAUCCAAGCCGUCUAAAAAGAGGGAGGCAACCGCCUCAAAGUCAACUCUGAAAUCACCAGAAACAAACUCUUCAACACGUGUGCGAAAGAACAGAAAAAGGGAAGUUGAAUCUUUUUCAAAAAGUCGAUCCGAGGAGCAUCAAAAGAGCGUCUCUGCCCAGGGAUUCGAACCAACACACACUGUAGAAGAGUUGAGGAGCUCAGUCAGGUCCAUGAGUCAAACCAAAACAUCAGAGGAGGCUCAGACACCAACUCCACAGAAUCUGAUUAUCACAAGUAAUUGUAUGACCAUAAAUAAUGUUGCAGGGACUGCCAACGCGUCCACUGAGAAAUGGGCUUCAAAAACAUUUGCUAAGACUCAGGAAAAGGACCCAAACUUUUCAACAUACUCUUUAAUCACAGAGAAGGACUUCAUAACCCCAGACCAAAAUCAGGACCUGUUUAAAAAGUCCAAAUCAGGGUCUACAAGACUGAUAAAUGUGGUCCCAGUGGAACCAAAGACCACAGAGAAAGAGCCCAUGGCCCUGAAACAAAAGCAGGACAAAGAGACUUUGACCAGCUUGAAAAAGUCAAAGUCUAAGCCCAUAAUCCUGUAUGAGGUCCCAGUGAGACCAGAGACCACAGAGAAGGAUGUAGUGGCCCCGAAACAAAUUCAGUACCACGGGUUCUUGACCAGGAUGAAAAAGUCCAAAGAUACGUCUCUGACCCCCGUUGAGGAACCAGAGACCACAGACAAAGACCCCAUGGUCCUGAACUACAGUCAGGGCAUGGAGUCCUUCACCAGGUUGAGAAGGUCUGAAUCUACAUCUUUAACUCUGAUUGAGCUGAAACCAGAGAGCACAGAGAAAGAGGUGGUGGCCCUGAAACAAAGUCAGGACCUCAAGUCCUGCAUCAGCUUGAAAUCCUCCAAAACAAAGUCACGAACCCUCAAUGAGACCAAGGAAGAGACAAAACAGGACCAAAAUGAACACAAGUCCCAGACCUGCAACCUCAGGGGCACAUUGCAAACCCCAAGUACAGAGCAAAGCACCUCUCAGAGUCUGGCAGAAGUCACUGCAGAUGCCAGACUUGUUCUGGAGGCAGUAGCACAUUAUGUGGGAGCCCUAAAAGAGGGUGAGGCCCAAGAGGCAAAGAGAAGCAUGAACCAAGACUUUGAUCAUGCAGCCUCAUCUAUUGUUUCCCUCAUUCUGGACAAGUCUUGCACCAAAAAGACCAAACGACAGGAGACCACUCAUAAAAUCAAGUCUGUCCUGGUCCUGUGUCGAGCUAAAACUAGACUCUACUCUGCAUUGAGUCACUUGUGUCUCCAGAUCCCAGGCACAAGAGACACUUUGUCAGUGCUGGAGAUGAUGGACGUAGUUUCUCCUCUUCUGCAAGAACUGGUUUCAGACGACACAGAGACGGACCUUUAUGAGCGGCUGUCUCAGGGUUUGAGUGCAGGAAAGUACCAAGAGCUGAAAGACCAGAUCACACGCACUGUUACUGAGAAUCUGGCACCGCGGAAAGGACGCCGCAGUAGCCGCAGCAGCUGCAGGAGACUCGCAGAGGCUCACAUUGAGUCUGUCAUGGAGGACAUCAGCACAUGGCUUUGCCUCCAACUGCAGCAGGAGGAUAACCCUGUCAAGACUAGUCUCCGAAAAAUACGACGGAUCUUAGCCUCAAAGACCCAGGACCAGGAGCAGGACCAGCAGGAAAACCUCUCCACGAGUCCAGAUCCAGGACUAAAGGAAACAGCUGCGAGUGGAGCAGAGAGAGAAGUGAAGAGCAGCUUCUCCUCACAGCACUUUGCAAACACACAGACUGACACUGUGCGCUGGGGUGAGCUGCUGUAUGAAGUGUCCUCUUUAGUCUUACGCUCCACAAACAUGGACCAGGUGACAGCUUUUGGGAAAGAGUUGAUGGAACUGUUGGAGCAGGAGAAGUCCUCAUGGAACAUCCAGGUGGAGCUGAACAAAGACAGUGUGGAGACCAUUGCACAGGCCGUGUACAAAGACCUGUGCAGAUGGAGAGGAAAGAGUGCGGUGAGUCAGAGCGCCCAGCUCCUGCCCGACUACAACAUCCAGGUCCUUGAGAGCAUCCGUCGACAUGUGGAGAGGCCCCUGCAGAAGCGCACAGUGGGCUCAGUCUUCAGAUCUGUGUGUAAGAGCUUCUGCUUUUGGUGCUAA